AGAGAGACGUUUUUGUGGUUAUAUUUUGUUGUAGUAAAAAAAUUUGUUUGUAAGGGAUUUUUAAUUGAUUUUAAUCUUGUUUUAAAAAGUUUUUAAUAAAUAAUACUCACAAAUAUGUCGGGGACAUCCCAAAAACAUAGGAAUUUCGUUGCUGAGCCCAUGGGAGAUAAGCCAGUAACAGAUUUGGCUGGCGUGGGCGAUGUUUUAGGAGGUAGACUGAAAAGUGCUGGUUUUGAUAGAGCUUAUGUGGUCCUAGGUCAAUUCCUCGUUUUGAAGAAGAAUAAAGAAUUAUUCCAAGAAUGGAUGAAAGAUGUUUGCUCCGCUUCUUCAAAGCAGUCUUCAGACUGUUGGCAGUGUCUCAAUGACUGGUGUGAAGAGUUCUUGUAAAUAUUUGUCCUCAUAUUGAAUAUUUGUAUAUUUUUUAGUAUUUGUUAACUAAAAACUGUAAUUUCACUGGAAUUUUAUAUUUGAACUGCAUUUAGAAUUCUUUCGUACGACAAAAUAAAUCAAUGUUUCUUU